AUGAGCUUCACCCCAUGUUCAACUUAAACCUUCCUAAUCCAUUCUUCUCCUAAGUCCUACUUCAUAUUCCAACUUCUAUACUUCCUUGCAUCCAAAUACUUUUGUAAUGGCACUCACUUUUAUUUCCUCACUAUCCAUUAAAUCCUUAGCCACUUCUUCUCCAAAUCCAAAGGCUCCCCCAAUUCGUCUGCAAUCCCUCUCCAACAAGCCCUUUUCACUGGUCUGCCAAUUAGACCCUGAGAGACACCAUUUUCAUGAUUGUUCCAGCAAGCAAUGCAAGACAGUUAAUGAAGAUUCGAAGAAAUGGAGAAGCAUUGUUUCAGCAGCAAUGGCAGCUGCAGUUAUUAGCUUUAGCUCUGGCAUGCCCGCCAUUGCUGAUCUCAAUAAAUUUGAAGCUGACACACCUGGUGAAUUUGGGAUUGGAUCAGCUGCCCAAUUUGGUUCUGCAGACCUCAGGAAAGCUGUACAUGUGAAUGAAAAUUUCAGAAGAGCCAAUUUCACUUCUGCGGAUAUGAGGGAAUCUGAUUUCAGUGGUUCAACAUUCAAUGGUGCAUACCUCGAGAAAGCAGUCGCAUAUAAGGCAAAUUUUGCAGUAAAUAAUUCACAUCAGAAAGACAGAAACCCCCACUUCAUCAUUAUUUCCAUUCCUGAGAGGUCAUAUCCAUCCCGCCCUGCAAGUGCAGAUUUGAGCGACACAUUGAUGGAUCGUAUGGUCCUUAAUGAUGCUAAUCUAAAAGAUGCCGUGCUUGUUAGAUCAGUUCUCACCCGAAGCGAUCUUGGGGGUGCCCUCAUUGAAGGUGCUGACUUCAGUGACGCCGUCUUGGACCUCCCCCAGAAGCAGGCUCUUUGCAAGUAUGCAAGUGGGACGAACCCAACCACAGGGGUGAGCACAAGAGCAAGCUUAGGUUGUGGGAACAGUCGACGAAACGCUUAUGGCACUCCCUCAUCCCCUCUGCUAAGUGCUCCGCCUCAGAGACUGCUUGAUCGGGACGGAUUCUGUGAUCAAGGCACUGGUCUUUGUGAUGUAAAAUGAUUCCAAGGCAUGGUAAUUAGUUUUACCAACAUCAUUGAUCGCAUACGAUAAAUGUGUGUAGAUAUGUACGAGGGAUAAAAGAAAAUGCAGAACCAAAACUACCUGUACAUCCUUAAAGCCUUAACUAUGAUACACAUCUGAAACAGAAGGAAUCAGUUGUUGAUUAUGAUCAUAUCUUGAGUAAUGUAUUGAUGAGAAAAGUUUUCCAAUGCUUCUGUUGUAAUUGGAGUGUCAUGAUCAGUGCUACUUUCUAUCUCAUUUCCCAUGACUCUGAUUUCAAAUUUCACUUGGAGCCGGUUUACAGUAUGCAAUAAG